UUUUUAGCAAUUUCUUGUCUUUCAUGUGUCGCAGGUUUAAUUGGCAAAAAUGACGUCCAUUAUCAAGCUGCACACCAUUUCCGGGGCGAUGGACGAGUCCCCGCCGUGCUACAUCCUCCAGAUAGACGAUGUGCGGAUUUUGCUCGACUGCGGAUGGGACGAGAAGUUCGACGCCAACUUCAUCAAGGAACUAAAGAGGCAGGUGCACACCCUGGAUGCAGUGCUGCUCUCCCACCCGGAUGCAUAUCACCUGGGCGCCUUGCCGUAUUUAGUGGGCAAACUGGGACUCAAUUGCCCCAUUUACGCCACAAUUCCCGUGUUCAAAAUGGGCCAAAUGUUCAUGUACGACCUGUACAUGUCGCACUUCAACAUGGGCGACUUUGAUCUGUUCUCCCUGGACGACGUGGACACGGCCUUCGAGAAGAUCACCCAGCUGAAGUACAACCAAACGGUUUCGCUGAAGGGCAAGGGCUAUGGCAUAUCCAUAACACCCCUGAAUGCAGGACACAUGAUAGGCGGAACCAUCUGGAAGAUCGUGAAGGUGGGCGAGGAGGAUAUAGUCUAUGCCACCGACUUCAAUCACAAGAAGGAGCGCCACUUAAGUGGCUGUGAGCUGGACAGGCUGCAGAGACCCUCGCUGCUCAUCACGGAUGCCUAUAAUGCACAAUAUCAGCAGGCCAGGCGAAGGGCUCGCGAUGAAAAGCUGAUGACCAACAUCCUGCAGACGGUGCGCAAUAAUGGCAAUGUUUUGAUAGCCGUCGAUACGGCAGGUCGUGUCCUGGAGUUGGCCCAUAUGUUGGAUCAGCUGUGGAAGAACAAGGAAUCGGGUCUAAUGGCCUAUUCAUUGGCCCUUCUAAACAACGUGAGCUAUAACGUCAUUGAGUUUGCCAAGUCACAGAUCGAAUGGAUGAGCGACAAGCUGACAAAAGCAUUCGAGGGAGCCCGCAACAAUCCCUUCCAGUUCAAGCACAUCCAGCUUUGCCAUUCGCUGGCGGAUGUCUACAAGCUGCCCGCCGGUCCAAAAGUGGUCCUGGCCAGCACUCCAGACUUGGAGAGCGGCUUCACGCGGGAUCUCUUUGUGCAAUGGGCCAGCAAUGCCAACAACAGCAUCAUCCUGACCACACGCACAUCGCCCGGCACUUUGGCCAUGGAACUGGUGGAGAACUGUACGCCGGGCAAGCAAAUCGAGUUGGAUGUCAGGCGGAGGGUUGAACUGGAGGGCGCCGAACUGGAGGAAUACAUUCGCACGCAGGGAGAGAAGCUCAAUCCCCUAAUCGUAAAGCCCGAUGUGGAGGAGGAGAGCAGUUCCGAGUCCGAGGACGACAUCGAAAUGAGCGUCAUUACGGGCAAGCACGACAUUGUCGUUCGGCCGGAGGGUCGUCAUCAUUCCGGCUUCUUCAAGUCCAACAAGCGACACCAUGUGAUGUUUCCGUAUCACGAGGAGAAGGUCAAGUACGAUGAGUACGGGGAGAUCAUCAAUCUGGACGAUUAUCGCAUCGCCGACACGGGCGGCUACGAUUUCGUGCCGAUGGAGGAGCAGAACAAGGAGAACGUGAAGAAGGAGGAACCGGGCGGGGGAGCAGAUCAACAGGCCAACGGCGGUCUCGGCGACAACGAUGUCCAGCUGCUGGAGAAGCCCACCAAGCUGAUAAACCAACGAAAAACCAUCGAAGUGAAUGCCCAGAUUCAGAGGAUCGAUUUCGAAGGUCGCUCUGAUGGAGAGUCCAUGCUGAAGAUUCUCUCCCAGCUGCGACCACGUCGGGUUAUUGUCAUCCAUGGGAAUGCGGAGGGCACCCAGGUGGUGGCCAGGCACUGCGAGCAGAAUGUGGGAGCGCGCGUUUUCACGCCGCAGAAGGGGGAGAUAAUCGACGUGACCACCGAGAUACACAUCUACCAGGUGCGCCUCACCGAAGGACUCGUCUCGCAGCUGCAGUUCCAAAAGGGCAAGGAUGCGGAGGUGGCCUGGGUGGACGGUCGCCUGGGCAUGCGCGUCAAGGCCAUCGAAGCACCCAUGGACGUUACCGUGGAGCAGGAUGCAGCCGUCCAGGAGGGCAAGACUUUGACCCUAGAGACGCUGGCUGAGGAUGAGAUUCCCGUCCACAACUCGGUACUUAUCAACGAGCUGAAGCUCUCGGACUUCAAGCAGAUUCUCAUGCGCAACAACAUCAACUCGGAGUUCUCCGGCGGCGUUCUGUGGUGCAGCAAUGGCACUUUGGCCCUGCGGCGCGUCGAUGCCGGCAAAGUGGCCAUGGAGGGCUGCUUGUCCGAGGAGUACUACAAGAUCAGGGAGCUGCUCUACGAGCAGUAUGCGAUCGUUUAAUAUUAAAGGUGGUUCUCUCUUAACAGUA